UCAAGUUUCAAGCACGCAUAGACAAGGUUCAGCUCCCCCUGCCCCCUCUCAAUUGUCUCCCAUUCCUGAGUCUCCCCAUUCCUCCCAAACAUGCAAGAAAAGAAACCAGAAACGGCAGCCAAAAACCCUAAGAAGGCCAAUCUCUUAGACCACCACUCUAUCAAGCACAUCCUCGACGAGUCCAUCUCCGAGAUCGUGACGGGUCGUGGUUAUGCGGAAGACGUGAGGAUGAGUAAUGUAAGACUGGUGAUGGGAACGAUCAUAAUUAUCAUUGCUCUGGUGGCUCAGUUCUACAAGAAGAAGUUCCCUGAGAACCGGGAUUUUCUCAUCGCCUGCAUCGUAUUGUAUAUAGUCUUCAAUGGGUUGUUGCAGCUGAUCUUAUACACAAAGGAGAAGAAUGCGAUUCUGUUUACCUAUCCUCCUGCGGAAUCGUUUACCAGCACUGGCUUGGUGGUGUCUUCCAAAUUGCCAAGAUUUUCAGAUAUGUACACACUUACCAUAGCAAGUGCAGAUCCUAAAUCAAUUUCUGCAAAUGAACCUGUACAUCUUACCAAAAGUGUUACUCAAUGGUUCACCAAGGAUGGAAUUUUGGUGGAGGGCCUAUUCUGGAAAGAUGUUGAAGGAUUAGUAGAUCAAUAUGCUAGAGAACCAAAGAAGAACAAGUGAUUUGAAGAUCGUAAAAAUGAUCUUCCAGUUCCGGGGAGACUUAGCUUCAGACGUUGUCUGAUAGGACAGUGGUUGGCAGAAAGAACUCUAGUUAUAUGUCGACGUGACUAAGAUGUUCCUCAUUGACAUCAUGGUUUUUUUUUUUGCACUGAUAAACGUAGAGCCGAACUAAGGGAAUUAAAAUCUUGUCAGCCUUAUAAGACAAUUUACUCCAUUAUAGUCGAUUCAGCUAGUGAAACCUGGAAUAUUUGCCAUCUAUUUAUCUCAAAAAAUUUCAUUUUCUCUUCA